CCCAGAAGGAGCCACUCUCACAGGUCACCAUGAGUCCCUCUCAGUCCUCCACUCCUCCUUCACUUUCUUCUUAAAAUCUCUUUGAAAAAAAGGUCUCAAUCUUCAAAGCAUACAGCUUACUCUCUUGAUAUCUGCCUUUUGUCUAUCUCACCCAAUGUCUUCAACCAUAAAAAGGGUGUGAAUUGGGGGGUUAUCAGUUGAAAAUGGCGGGUGAGAUUGAAGAGCCUUUCAGGCAUAAUUUCCAGGCGGAUUCUCUUCACUCGGGUUCGAUCUCAUUUGGGCGGUUUAAGAAUGAGGAUUUGUGUUGGGAGAGGAGGUCUUCUUUCUCGCAUAACAGGUACCUUGAAGAGGUGGAGAGAUAUUCGAAGCCGGGUUCUGUAAUUGAGAAAAAGGCGAUACUCGAGGCUCAUUUUAAACGGAGGGCGCUUUUAAGCCAGAGUUCUUGCGAGUCUCGUAAUAGUGGUGGAGCGGAGUGCCAAACUAGCGGGAAUGAUCUAUCUGAGAAUAAUGCUCAUAGUGAGCGGGACGAUGAGAAUGUUAAUAGCACGGGGCAAUCUGCACACUUUAGUGUGACCGAGAGUACAGGGUACGAGGGGGAUUUCGAGCAUUUCAAUGAUUGUGGUUAUUCUGCACAGAGUCGUGAUGGAUCAGUGUUUGAUGGCGAGAAUGAAUUGACUGAAGGUGAACGAGAAGAGGGUUGUUCUCGGGUUACCGGGACAGUCAAUCCCGAGUCAGAAAUUCACGCCACCGAAGAGAAUUUUGGCGGUGAAAACGUGACAUCGAGUACUGCUGCUCCGAUUCCUACUUCUCCCGAGAUUGACAAGGACGAGAGCACAAAUUCAGAGCCUCGACCCGAAAUUAAACAAUCGAAUUCUAGAUUGUCUCUAGUUAAUCCUGCUAAGGUAACUGCAAUUAUAGUCUCAAAAGAUGCUACAAAAGACCCGGUAAAAGACGUUACGAGAAAACCUAGAAGGCCGAGUGGCAUUUCAUCAUCAGUGAGAGAAAAACCGGUUUCUGCUCCUGUUUAUUGUUCAGUGUCGAGAACACCAAAACAUGAGGUUUCAUCUAGCUAUAGCUCGAAAAGUAAAAGCGCUGAGAAGGAAAUGAGAACGAAAGAGAAGGCUCAUCAAGGCGUGGACAGGCGUAAAAGGGCGGUUGCUUCAGCUACACCGAGCGUGAAACAAAACGGUUCUGCUUUCAGUUUCAAAAGCGAAGAACGUGCCGAGAGGAGGAAGGAGUUCUCGAUGAAGCUGGAGGAGAAAAUGCAUGCAAAGGAAGCCGAGAUGAAUCAACUCCAAACGAGAAAGCAGGAAAAGUCGGAAGCUGAGAUACGAAGGCUGAGAAGAAGCCUGAAUUUCAAAGCAACUCCCAUGCCGUCUUUUUACCAUGAAGCCGGACAACAAUCAGAUCGAAACAAGAACAUGGCGAAUAGAUCCAACUCGAGUAAGCCACAAAGAAAGCAAUCAUCUUCAAGCACAGUAGGUGCCGAAAACGACACAUCUUCUUCGGGGGCGACAAAUAACGGAUCCCAUUUCGCCCGCAAACAUUUGGACUUCGGGGGCGCCUCGUCAACAAUCAAGCACCGGAAAACAAUCUCCUCCGAUGGCAGCGUGUCGUCUCCACUUCCCACUCCGGUAGUGAAGAACGAGCAAGAGACAACGAAGCAGAUUCCGAGCUCGAGAAAACCAAAAACACCAGACGCCAAUUCCAACAAGGUAAACAAAGGCCCCAAGGGUGAGAGGAAACCGAAGAUUAGUAGUGCAAUGAGAACUAGCAACAAUGUUAUCAAGAAGGACAUCAAAGGCAUUCACUUCUUCGCUGUGGGCGUUGCUUCCUAAACUCCCGAGCUUCCUCGAGUUCAAGUUUACAACCGUGCCUUGCUCGAACAACGCCUAUUAUAUAUACACAUCUCAGGUCAGAUCGAUCAAUCCAUAUGCAUUCUCGCCUUCUCUUGAUGACAAUGCAAUAUCGUAUCAAUGUUUCUUGGUUCCAAUAGGUUACUACUGCACAUAUGCAUCAUGUAUGUAACUAUAUCUAGUUUGUUAGACUAUAUUUCGAGCAUUCGUUUCGUUGUGUUAGGUUCUUGCAAUUUCAAGAAUGCUAUGUUACUGGAAACCCCAAAACCAAAGAAAUGAGAGGCCACUGAAUUAAUGACAUAUGCUUUAAUUUGCUAAUA